UAGACGCAAUCUAGAAAUAAAACACAAUUCACUAGAUCAUAUACAAAAAUGAGUUCGUAUAAUUCGGAUGAGUUGGAGGCACCCGCUUGGAUAAAUCAAGAAUUUUUGCAAGAAGUCUUGACUAAAUAUGAAAAUAAGGGAAAAGUAGAGAUUAUCAACCAUGACUUGAAACCUGCCAGCAUGAAGGGAGAUCAUUAUGCUAGUGUUAUGUUUCGUUGCAAAGUGAAAUAUCGUUUCGUUGAGGAUGCAUCCUUUAAGAGCAUGUCCUUCAUUAUCAAAACCUUACCCAUGCAGGAGGGUAUGAAACGUGAAAUGCUAAUGGAAACGACAUUUUUCGAAAAUGAAAUUGCUAUGAUCUCCGAUAUGUUGCCGAAAAUUGAGGAAAUUCUAAAAGAUUGCGGAGAGGCCACCAAAAUGGCAGCUGGCAUCAUUUAUCACUCGCUGCAGCCGCACAAGGUCAUUAUACUGGAGGAUCUUUGCGAAUCUGGUUAUGAUACCAUACGAGGACGUCAUCUUACCGAAUUCGAAAUUAAAGCUGUCUACCGUAAAUUGGCCAAAUUACAUGCCGUCUCCUAUAUGCUGGGUGAAAGUGAUUCUGCAGAAUUGGUAACCAAAUUUCAAGAUGGUUUUCUAAGUUCCAGUGUGCCGAGUCUAAAAGACAUAUUUCCCAAUGGUAUGAAGAACUUUCUCAAUGUGUUAUCAUCCAACGACGAAUUUGCCAUCUACUAUGAAAGGGUCAAGGAAAUGCAAGGCGAUAUCGAGCCAGCUUCUAAAAAUCUAUUUAAUGCCUACACUCUUAAUAGGGGUCAGGGAGAUAUUUUCGUUCUAAAUCAUGGUGAUUUUCAUAUGAAAAAUCUUAUGUUUAAAUUUAAUGCCGACAACGUUAUGGAGGAUAUGGUCAUGGUGGACUAUCAACUGAGUUGUUUUGCCCCCUCAACCAUUGAUUUGGUGUAUUCGCAAUAUAUGCUGCUAAGUCCAGAAUUUAGAAGACGUCGUCAUGAAUUUAUGUUGUAUUAUUUUACUGAAUUUCUAAAAAUUUUAAAGAAGCUUCAAUUUCUGGGGGAAAUGCCCAAAUAUUCACAAUUCCAAAUUGCCAACUUGAAAUAUAGACAUUUCACUCUUUAUGUAUUGGCCAUUAUAUUUCCUUUAGUACUGGACAAUUUUACUAAGACUGCAGAGGAACUCAAGGAUGAGGAUUUCAAUGAAAUGAUUGAAAAUCCUGAUGUAAAUGCUUCUAAUUACAUGAGACCUGUUUUUAUCGAAGAGAUGCGUGAAAUGAUGCCUAUUCUACUAAGAGAAGGGUAUUUAGAUUAACAAAUUGACACAUUACUCGAUUAUACAUAUGCAAAUGCAAAUUUGCCCGUGAACAUGCCAUUAAGGAACAG